AUGCAUCAAUGUGAAACCAACAAACAUUUGAUGAGCUGCAAAAAGAUAAAAAAUGCAAUUUGUACUAUAAGAUGCACCAGAGAUACAGCUCACAAGAUUAUGCAGAUAGCAAGCCUUUUUUCAAAGAAAAUAUGAAGCCAUGACCCAUUUUAUAAACUAGGAAACAAAUUGCGAAAAUCUUUUACUCCCUCCGUUAGCGAACAAAAAAAUCUUUUCGCUCACGGAAGGGGGUUAGUUUUUUUUUUUUAUCAAUAAUUUUAUACCUAUUUUUUUUAGGAAUUUUUGAGAUAAAGUGAGAAUUUUGGUGAGAUUCGUAAGGAAGCUUAGGAAGUUCUUGAUACGGAGGACCAACUGGAUUGGGAAUAGAAAAUUCUCAAUUUAA